UCAUAUAAAUACAAUAAAAUUUCCAGUAUAAAUUUUAGCUACCAAGUUUGUUUUUACAGUGUAGUAUUGUGAAAUUUGUCAUUGUGUUAAAUAUCCUCUAUGUAACGUUAUCUGAUGAAAUGACUGAAAUAUAUAAUAUAAUCUAUUGAAAUAACCCUGGCACACUGGAGCUCAUACGUCAUGCCCCUCUGUAUCACUGAGGAUGACGCACGCCGCCGCUUACGUCACGAUGAAGUCACCAUUUAGGGGGAGAAAUCGCGAGAAGACGCUGUUGAGUCCUCUAAACGCAGGGAUCAUAAUAAAGCCGGUCCUCUGAUGAGUUCCGGGUCUUUUUCCCGCUGCGCUCGCGCUGCGGACGGGAUGAUGCGGCCCGGCAGCAUCAGCAUCCUCCGCCGGCAGUGACCGACAGGGAGGGCUCCCUCCAUCCAUCCAUCCCGGGGCUGUUUCCUCCGCAUGGAGCCCGGAUAUGUGCAGGCAGCGAUGGCGAUGGGAGAAGUGUCGAAGAGGGUGUCGGCUCGAAACGUGGCGGUGGAGAGGAAGAACCUCCUGACGGUCUGCAGGUUUUCCGUUAAGACUCUGCUGGAGAAAUACACAGCCGAGCCCAUCGACGAUUCAUCCGAAGAGUUCAUCAAUUUUGCAGCAGUCCUUGAACACAUCCUCAGCCACCGUUUUAAAGGCUCCAGUAGCUGGUUUGACGGUCAGAGGAGUUAUUGGGACUACAUCCGCCUGGCGUGUGCUAAAGUCCCCAACAGCUGCAUCAGCAGCAUUGAAAGCAUGGAAAACAUCAACACAUCUCGAGCGAAAGGUCGAGCCUGGAUGAGGGUCGCCCUCAUGGAGAAAAGGCUGUCUGAGUACAUCGCCACUGCUCUGCGGGACAGCAGGACAACCAGGAGGUUUUACUCAGAAGGAGCCAUAUUGCUGAGAGAAGAAGCCUCAGUGCUAACGGGGAUGCUCAUUGGUGUGGGAGCCAUAGAUUUUAGUUUCUGCCUGAAAGGAGAGGCCCUGGACGGGAAAACCCCGGCGGUGGUCGACUACACUCCAUACUUGAAAUUCACACAGAGCUAUGAAUACUUGAGUGAUGAUGAUCGGCGGAGUGUGGACAGCAGCGCCAGCGACGACAGCGUCCCCGAGCAUCCGUACGUCCCGCUGGUCACCGACGACGAGACCUGGAGCACAAAGUGUCGCAAAAUGGAGCAGAGGUUCAAGAUCGUCAACGCCCAGAAGGGGUACCUGGAGGAGCUCGUGCGUCUGCGUGAAUCUCAGCUGAAGAACACGGAGACGGAGAACAAGAAGCUGAAAUCUCAGCUGGAGGAAAUUCAGAGCCAAAGCCAACUGGAGAAGAAGGAGCUGGAGGCUGUUAUCCUGGAGCUGCAGGAGCAACUGACCAGCCUGAUUCCAUGCGACUCCAACCACCUGGCCAAAGAUCUGCCGAUCCCGCUCAUCAACCAGUGGCCGACCCUUGACCCCUACGACAUCCAAGAGGACAGGAAGCUUUUUCGCAGGAGGAGUUUCCCGAGCACGGAGCUGCUGUCAGUGGAGGUCAGCCUGGACUCCGACUCCCAGAGGAUCGAGGGCAAACAGAACGGAGGAACCUGGAGCACAGGAAAGGACUACACCCCCUCCAUGAUGGGCCUGUGUGGGUCUUUGGCUUCUCUUCCAAGCACCAAAUCUCUGGCUAGCUUCAAAUCAAGUGAAUGUCUGGUCAACAUCAGCACAGAGAACAGCCCUGCUCUGUCUCCCAGCUAGGGGGCGCCAAAGACGCACUGGAAAAACAGACAACUCAACUGUUAAACAAAGUGACUGCUCCUCACUGCGGUGGCCUGUUAGGGCCUCUAUAGAUACAAAAGGAGAGUACAUUUCUGCAAAAAAAAAAACUAAUAUGUUGACAUGAAUCUGAAAAAAAACAAAAAAUAGUCUAAGUUCCAAAAGUAAAAUAUUUGCAAGAAUUUGUUUUUUUUUAUAAUUUUGAGAUUAAUCUUACAAAGUUUCCAGAAGAAUCUUUCAAGUUUCUGAGUUUGAAAAGUCUAAAGUUUGCAAGAAAACAAAGAGAAAUUCUGAGAUUAAUGUCAGAAAUAUUGUGGAUAAAACAAAGAGAUUUCUUGGCUCCAAAAGUUUAAAAUUUGUGAGAGAAAAAACUCGGACAUUUUGAGAUUCAUCUUAGAAAUGUUCUAGAACACAGAAAUAGUCCAAAUUUUACAAGAAAUAAAAAUACCUCAGAAAUUUUGAGACUAAUCUCAGACAUUUUGUUCAAAAGAUCAAAUAAAUUUCUGAGCUGCAAAACUAAACAAAAAAAUCAGAUUAAUUUCAGAUAAAUAUCAGAAAUCUUGCAGAAAAAAUUUGGAAUUUUCUGAUUUUAAAAGUUUAAAAUUCACCCAAAAAUCUCAGUUAUUUUGAGAUCAAUGUCAGAAAUUUUAUUAAAAAACCAUGAAAUUUUUUUUAAAUUCUCCGAUUAAUCUCUAAAUUUGUGACUAUUUUUUUCUCACAAACCUCCAAAAGUUUUUUGGAGCUCACAUUUUCUGGAAAAUUUCAGCGAUUGAUCUCAAACUUCUUGAGUUUUUUGUCAGAAAUCUACUCCUUUCUUUCUGGCCGUGGCGCGCCGUCGUACCUCACUGAUGUGCGCCUUCACCUGACCCUUGACCUUUACGCUCUGAGCCCGUCUCUCUCUCUCUCUCUCUCCUGAAUCAAACUUGAGUGAAGGAGGAUCCUGCAUGUCCUGAACUUUUCCAACAUGGAUGCAGAAAUAGCUGCUGUACUGCCUCCGUCUUCAUCUCCACUGCAUUUCAGAGCCGGUUUACGCUUCACGCAGAUAAAGUCCCACAUCACCGUCCGUCAUCACCGUGCAUCCUCGUGCGUUGAGUCCGCCGUGUCUUUGUCAGUCCGUCUGUGUUUUCUCUCUGUUGCCUAACAGGCAGACUGGCUUAACUGUUGUAACAUUUUAGGAUAUAAAAGCAGCAUUUUACCAUAGUUAAGUACAAUAUUAUCAGCGCUGAGGCUUUUUACAGUGAGCCAAGUGAUCAAUGGUGAAGAUUAUUUAAAAUGUAACAGAGAAAGUAUGUAAUAAUCCAAUUAGAUGCUGAUUUUAGGGUUUACCUCGGUAAACCUGUUGCAUAAAAAGACAAAAUGCUUUGGGACUAUGCAGGA